AUGAAGGUUUUAGAUGUUUUGAGGGAUAUGGAUGGAACGGAAAAGGUCACGGUCAGGCAAAAAGAUGUUGUUAUCGUGUGUACCGACCAGGACGUUGAAGACGCUGGGAAUGAUUCCGGGGCAAACUCCGAGGGUAUGGAACAUGAUGCUUUUGUCUGUGAACAUGGAUCACAGGCAUCGCAGGGGCGACAUCAAGUUCAGGUGCAGACGCCUUCAGAUGAAGCUCUAGAGGAAACUGUAGAGGACGACCUCCAGGAAGAUGCCCCAGAAGAGUACGACAUUCCAGCGACUACGUCUACAUCAUGGUAUGAGCGCGACAUUGUGCCGAUGCUACCGAACCAAGAGGAGCCAAACUGGAAUAUCAAGGGGGCAUGGGCAUAUGUCGCCGGUGCUAAGGAGUCGGACUUCGGCAAGAAGGAAAACAAGAACAGGAAGCAGAGGGAGAAGCCCCAAGCUAGGAGUCCAGCGACCGCAAGACCGGAAGCCGAGGAACCGGAAACCGCGAGACCAGAAAUCGAGGACUCACAUACCCAGAAAGUGACUGCUUUGGAGAAGAUUGGAGUCAUCAGAUCCGAGAGGACGAUUGAAGGUAAUGGAUUGUGGGCAUGGACGUAUGUCGCGGGCGCUAGGGGGUCUGAUUUUCAGAGGAACUUUCAGUCUUGGCCUCGUAGGAGGACCGACGCCGAGGAUGACGACGACGCCGAGAAGCCAGAGCUGGAUCUGGAUCAGGAUCAGGACAUUGAGGUUCCCCAAGCCCAAACCGACGUCGAAGACACCGAGGAGGACCUGGACCUCGAUCUUGAAACCGAAACUGAGAAGCCCCUACCUUGUUUGAAGCACGCCACAGCCUCAAACUUAAAGUCCGAAAAGUCAAAAGAGGGUUCCGGCCACCAACAACAGAUUGAGACCGAGACCGAUGGCCAGGACAAGGAGCGCGGAACAAAGGUGGAUGACAUGGAGCUCCAAGAGGAAGAACGGAAUGUUGAGGCUCAGGUUGAGUGUGAAGUGGAAGGAGAGCUCUCUUCCAUUGGCCCUGGUCAAGAUCAAGAGCUGAGGGAGGCUGAUGAUCAAGCAGAGCUGGGGGAGGCUGAUCAAGAAGAGCCGGAGGAUGUUAAUCAAGAGGCAAAACCGUUGCAACAAUGGGACUGGCUACAAGGGGAUUUCCCGGAUGAUGGUUAUUACCGUUACAGUGAUGAAGAACAUCAGGAUCGUGAUCGUACGCUUCGCGAGCAGGAAGUACUUUUUCUGUUGGAACAGGCUCAGUUUUUGGAGGAGGAUCAGUUUCUGGAGGAUGAGGAUUGGGAUUAG